CAUCCCUCCACAUUAUAUCCACCUGCACGAUUGACGCCUCGGAGACCCGGACUCAGACUCCCUGCAGGCCUGGGUGAAGGAUCUUCUGAGUCGUGCUCGAGUGCCAAGCGCUGUGAGAUGCCGCUGUCACGGUCUUUGUCCAUGACCUCCCUCAGUGGAGUGCUGCCGGCCUGGGAGGAGGACGAGCUGCCAGUGGAGGACCUGCUCCUCUUCGAGGUGGCCUGGGAGGUCACCAACAAAGUUGGAGGAAUCUACACGGUGAUCCAGACUAAGGCCAAGAUCACAGUGGACGAGUGGGGUGAGAACUACUGCAUGAUGGGGCCGUACUUUGAGCACAACUUCAAGACCCAGGUGGAGGGCUGCGAGCCCCCCAACCCUGCCAUCAGGAAAGCCAUGGACGCUCUGAUUCACAAUGGCUGCCAGGUUCAUUUUGGCCGCUGGCUGAUUGAGGGGAGCCCCUACGUUAUUUUGUUCGACAUCGGCUCGGCAGCCUGGAACCUGGACCGCUGGAAGGGGGAUCUGUGGGACACGUGCCAGAUUGGGCUUCCGUACCACGACAGGGAGGCCAACGACUCGCUCAUCCUGGGAUCCCUGAUCGCCUGGUUCUUCAAGGAGCUCACAGAUGAGUUGGGCGACAGUAAAAAUGUUGUGGCUCACUUCCACGAGUGGCAGGCGGGUCCAGGGCUGAUCCUGUCUCGCUCCAGGAAGCUUCCUCUGGCAACCGUCUUCACCACACACGCCACCCUGCUGGGUCGAUACCUCUGUGCUGGGAACGCAGACUUCUACAACAACCUGGACAAGUUCAACAUCGACAAGGAGGCGGGCGACCGGCAGAUCUACCAUCGCUACUGCCUGGAGAGAGCGGCCGUCCACUGCGCUCACGUCUUCACCACCGUCUCCCAGAUCACAGCGGUGGAGGCCAACCACAUGCUGCACAGGACAGCAGAUGUGGUGACUCCGAAUGGGCUCAACGUCAAGAAGUUUUCAGCCAUGCACGAGUUCCAGAACCUGCACUCCACAAACAAGACUCGCAUCCAGGAGUUUGUGAGAGGGCACUUUUAUGGCCACCUGGACUUCAACUUGGAAAAAACUCUCUUCUUUUUCAUCGCUGGACGAUACGAGUUCUCCAACAAGGGGGCCGACAUUUUCCUGGAGUCACUGUCCAGGCUCAACUACCUGCUGCGGGUUCACAGAAAUGACAUGACUGUGGUGGUUUUCUUUAUCAUGCCGGCGAAAACCAACAACUUCAAUGUGGAGUCUUUGAAAGGACAGGCCAUCCGCAAACAGCUCUGGGAUACGGCUCACAGUGUGAAGGAGAAGUUUGGCAAAAGGCUUUAUGAUGCUCUACUGAAAGGUCAAAUCCCUGACAUGACCACCAUCCUGGACCGAGAUGAUGUCACCAUUAUGAAGAGAGCUAUUUAUGCCACACAGAGACACAGCCUGCCACCGGUGACCACCCACAACAUGCUGGACGACUCCACGGAUCCCAUCCUGACCAACGUCAGACGGAUCAACCUCUUUAAUUCGAGGACAGACCGUGUGAAGGUCAUCUUCCACCCAGAGUUCCUGUCUUCCACCAGUCCGCUGCUGCCAAUGGACUACGAUGACUUUGUCCGUGGCUGCAACCUCGGCGUCUUCCCCUCCUACUAUGAACCCUGGGGUUACACACCUGGUGAAUGCACUGUGAUGGGCAUUCCCAGUGUGACCACCAACCUGUCGGGCUUUGGCUGCUUCAUGGAGGAGCAUGUUUCAGAUCCUGCUGCCUACGGGAUAUAUAUCGUGGACAGACGGUUCCGGUCGCCGGAGGAGUCCUGUAACCAGCUGACCCAGUUCAUGUUUAACUUCUGCCAGCAGUCUCGCCGUCAGCGCAUCAUCCAACGCAACAGAACUGAGAGGCUGUCAGACCUCUUGGACUGGAGAUACUUGGGGCGGUUCUAUGUACACGCCCGACACCUGGCGCUCAGCAGAGCUUUCCCUGGCAAGUUCAAAGUAGACCCAUCCGCUCCACUGAAGACCGAAGGCUUCCGCUAUCCCAAACCGUACUCUGUGCCCCCCUCGCCCUCCGCCUCGGUCCACUCCACUCCCCACCACAGUGACGUGGAGGAUGACGAUGACCACGAGCCCUAUGAUGACGACGAAGAGGCGGAGAGGGACCGGUUGAACAUUAAGGCUCCAUUCUUCCUGGGGACCGUGCCGGAGGGCAAGAAGAAGCAACCAGGGGAGUCUGGAAACUAGUGAAACCAUGACAAAAUGAAAGUAUGAAUCAGGAUCAUACUGUUUAAAAAUUGCAUGUCUGCCUGGAGUUAAAAUGCUCAUGGAGUGAAUAGAUAUUUGAAACCUGUUACCAAAGAAAUUUUGAUCUGUCACAUGAAGUAUUCUUGCCAUGUAAAACCUAUACUAUCCACCAAAAUAAUGUUAAAUAAAAGGUUUCGUUCA